UGAACAGGACGGUCGCCGGUCGGACGCAGAGGGCUGCCUCCGUGGGGAACAGAGCUCGCCGCUACGCCCAUGUCACUACUGUCUGCUCACUUUUAACAGCAGUCACUACUGAUAAUCGCACUCCUGCCACCCCAGAAGUCUGUGCUGAGUCGGUGCUCUGCAUCAACGGACCUCCCCGCAUCCGCCACUCCUUUCGGAUCACACUCGUUCACAAAAGCAAGCAGCGCCCCGUCGUGCGCACCUGCGAGGCCCACCCUCCUAACGAUCGUUCAUGUUCACGCCCCCGCCGUCGCCCGACCCGCCCCGCACGCAUCGCGGUCGCAAUGAACACAGACCCUCAUGCUCAUUCGAUGCCCCAGGGGAACCGUUUCUGACUGUCACGCGAUCGAGCUCACCUGCGACCUCGUCUUCGCGUUCGAGCAGUCCCUCUCCGACCCCGGUCUCAUCAUGUACGACCACUCCAGACGCCCAUCUAGCCACCUUCGAGAAGUCGCACGCCAGUGUCGACCAGGCGCACCUGCGCAUGCUGAUGAAGAAACGCCGCAACGCACGACGACUGAAGUUCUCUGUCCUGGUAGUGCCCGCGGCUCUCAUUAUCAUCACCCUGUCUACGCGGUACAUGUCGCACCCCGCCGUACUCGACGUGUUCUCUGGGGAUAGUGCAGCGCCGGGAUGGCGAGCGCUCGCAGCCUCGGUGCUCGACUGGGAGGGCAAUAUUCACGAGCGACACGACAAGCGGGAACUGGAAUAUCAACUAGACCUCGAGGGCCGGUCACCACAAACAGCCAGCGGGAUCUCCUUCCCCUCCGAGACGGCCACAAGCGCGUCGACUGCGUCCGCCACGGCUACUGCGACGUCCAUCAUGACUGCGUCCGAGACGGACACGAGCACGGCGCCGACAGCGACCGUGACCGACAACUCGGCUGCCCCGACAAUACCUGCGGAGGCACCGGUGCUCCCGACCCCGUUCCCGCAGCCAUUCGACUCGACGGGGAUCACGACGAACUUCUCGACGGAUGGCUGCCGCGAAUUCUUUGUCAACAUGACUCAGACAGCGCCGUUCCGCGAGUGCAGGCCGUUUUCGCUGCUGGUGCAACAUUCGAGCGCGUUCAUCGAGGCCCAGUUUAACCUCACGGAGCUGAAUAGCAUAAUCUGGGGAACGUGUAAUACGGACCUCAGCGCGGACCAGUGCGAGGAGAACAUGGCGUAUUUCGCGGACGCGCUCCAGGACGCGUGCUCGACAGACCUCAAGGCAAACAACCAAGUUGCUGUAAGCAGCCUACUAGGCCUGCAAACCUACUCAUUCAUGCGCGAGACCGCGUGCCUCUCCUCAUCAACCAACACCUACUGCUACGUCUCCGCGUUCUCCUCCACAGCGCACCCCGCAGACGCGUAUUACUACACGCUCCCGCUUGGCACCGCCCUCCCGAACGCGAGCGACCCCAGCUGCUCCUCGUGCACGCAGCACAUCAUGGAAGGAUACGUGGACCAGGGCCUCAACACGAGCGGCCUGCAGCAGACGUACGCGGCUGCGGCGGUGUUGACGAACAAGGUGUGCGGGACGGGUUUCGUGCAGGAGAUGGAGACCAAGAGCAGUGCAGCGGAGCGGGCGUGGGGAGUGGAUGUGGGGUGGUGGGUCGCGACGAGUGUGUGCGUAGUGAGUACGCUGAUCGCGAUGGCCGGAGCGUGGUAGUAGCGGGGGAGGUCGGCAAGUCAAGUGGGCAAACACGGACACUUGCAUGGUUUCUGGAGGGCAUUUCCCUUUCGGUUGUUGCGUCAUCGGUAUUUUUGUUGGUCGAAAUUUGGGCUGCGAGGACUUUGCAUGUUGUGUUUUGUUACUGCUAAGUACAGUACGUCGAGUCUGCUACUCGAGGUCGUACUUACACAUGGUUUGGGCUAUUCGUCGCGCGCGAUCAUUCUUUUCAAAGCUGCUUCUACGCCCAUACCUGGCCGCUUGCUACCUUAUUAUUCGUAUAUUAUCUGUCGUGUAGUCUUUCACGUUCUAGACUCUUCUACUACAUACGGGUGCCCGAGCACAAUGCACAUGCCUCUCAUGCCACUAGUGCCACUCAUGGGUGUUAGUUGUGUUGUGCACGUGACAUGACAGCGACGGCCUCACACGUUGCUGUAAGAAUAGCGAAGUCUGCUGAAUUCAUCUCGUUCUCGUUCUCG